AUGUCUGAUUACAAGCCGACCGAGCACGACGGUCUUCGCAAGGACGGCCGGCCAGACCAGAGAGUCAACACUGGCGAGUUCGCCGCCGGCAAAGUCGAUCCUCACGAAGCCGGCAAGCAAGGUGGCCACACAUCAGGCGGCGGCACCAGUGGAGGCGACAGCGACAGCAGCUCUGGUGGCGGCGGGAAGGGCCAGUUCGCGGGAGGAAAGGUCGAUCCUGUUGAGGCUGGGAAGAAGGGCGGUGCUACGCAGCAGAAGGAUUAG